AUGGGCCUCACAACCGUCACCCGUCCUCACCCGCUCGUGUGGCAGAUUACACUGUCGCAGCCGCCCGACAACCGCUUGACGGCCGACGUGCUGCACGAGAUGAUGCGGCGCUUUGACCAGAUCGAGGCGGACUGGCGGCGCACCAACGCCGGCAAGCCGCCGGUCGAGUGGCAGGGCGGCGCGCUAAUCAUCACGGGCGGCGGACCCAAGUUCUUCAGCAACGGGCUGGACCCCGAGACCACCAAGAACCCGGACUUUAACAAGGGACUCUUCGACCCCUUCAAGAACCGCCUCCUCACAUUCCCGCUCAUCACCAUCGCGGCCAUCAACGGACACUGUAAGCGCCUGAUCAUGACUGGCGGCCGUGGCCUGCUGAGUCUGAACGAGAAUGUCAUCGGUAUUCCCCUCGCCCCCGCCGGCGUCGAACUGUGCAAGAUGAAACUAGCCGCCAACUACCUUACCCCCGUGACGCUGGGCGACCGCUUCAACCAGAAACAGGCACUCGCCGCUGGGAUCAUCCACGAGAUCGUGGACGUCUCGCGUGGCCCCAACGGACUGCUCGAGCGGGCUGUCGAGAUCGGCGUUAGCGAGGGUCCGAAGACGUCGUGGGGCGUGUGGGGAGCCAUCAAGGAGGGCAUGUACCGCAGCGUCAUUGAUGCGGGUGUGUUGCCCCGCGCGCCGCGGAGUGCCGAACUCGACGAGCUCUUCUGGUCCCGCAUGGCGCGGGAGGAGUUUGGCGCGGCAAUCAAGUCCAAGCUCUGA